AUGUGCGCGUUCGACGAGCCACCUCCUCCCGGGAUGCUACGAGGCAUAUUCCCGCCUCGCUCGCCCAUCUUCGAGGCGAAUAGGCUUAACAACCAGCCUUGUCUCGAGUGGAAUUGGAAAGCGAUCAAUGAGACAGGCCUCGGAUUACAAUGGAACUGGAAGCUCGGCAUGCAUCGUCUCCCGCCCGGGUACACUCCGCAGGACCUCACGCGGGAAUUAUUCAUGUCCCCCGACAUCCCGUUCAAAUAUCCUUUGGUCGAAAGGUGUAACGACGGCUUUACUCAGUUCCGAGUGCACGACAUCAUCAUGAUGGCUCAUGAUGACGCCAGGACCGAGAUCCUUGCGACCGGCGGUAUGGUCACGCUCGCCGCCCGCAAUGAAGAUCGCAUGUACGAGAUCUACGCGUUCGGCCAAGGACUGUUUCACUGCAUGUCGAUGCUACGCUUGUGCAAGGAGCACACUCCUCGAAGUUGGUUCCCGCUUUGUGCCGGUUUGUACCGGAUCAACAUCAUAUACAAACGAUGGGAGAAACUUUGGCGGAUGACCAGAGAACAGUCGGCGAAAAAACUUCCCGCCUUCUCGGCGGAGACUCUGGCGACGUUCCGAGAAGAAUCGACUCGAGCGAACAAGAUGUGUCGAUGUCUACACAACGGUCUCAUGGGCGAGUGCAGCUAG